AUGUUGAGCCCUACCUUUCUUCUGUGGGAUGUUGGAUAUCUAUACACUUAUGGCUCCAUCACUAUUAUUGCAUUAAUUAUUUGGCAAGUGAAAAAGAGCCACCAAGAAUUAAGGUUGGGACCUAAAAGGAGCUGUUGCCGGUGUCACCGGAGAGUCAGACAAAGGGCUAAAGAUAAAACAUCAAGAGCUAGGAGAUUUUGUCAGGAAGAAGCUGAUAAGCCAUGGGAGCUGCUCUCUGUCAUGAGAAGCCAGGGCUGGCUUCCUAAGGAGGGAAGUGUGCGGUGGCUCCAGUGUGCAGAUUCUUCCUGCCCCAUGUGUAAUGCUGUGGCUCCUGGGAUUCAGCAGUUGCUGUCAGAAGCUGCAGAAGCUGGCUUGGGAAAUAAGGUGAAGCACUUUCCACACUGGAUUAACCCCGAGGUGAAAGGUCAAAGGCAUAAAGAAUCCAUUCUCCUCUGUAAGGAUGACACCAAAACCAUGACAAAAAAUGUUGAGAAGAGUUCACCCCUCACCAAACACCCUGUGAGAGGAGCCAAGAUGGAGAAUAAAACAGAGGAGGAGAGCAUGACCUUCUUUGAUGCUCCUCAGUCUCUAAACAAUGAACUCAAGCACAAUCCCUUCAGUCCAGAUGCUUCUAGUUGCUGUGCCUUCCUCACAACAGCUCCAAGCACUGUCCUCAGCUGA